AUGAGCGCUAGAGGAAAUACUACCACGGAGCAGGACGAUGAGAGCAGGGAAAACGAGCAAAUGAGAGCGGCUUGGCUCGGGCUGGCUGCUACAGUGCUUCUGCUGCUUCUGCUACUGCUGCUACUUCUGUGGAGUUUGGAAAGGGGCGUCGGUGUUGGAAUCCAGAGUGGUCAUGGGAGUCAGAGGCGGGAAGAGACGGCUGAACGGAGUGGGCCAGCACAUUUCCACCGACAGGAAGAGAAGCAACAGCCGCUUUUACUGCUUCAUACUCCCCGAAGAGACCGGGGCGAAAACGCCGCAAGAGUCGAGACAAGCAAGCAAGGCGGCAAUUCUCCUCACCGGUUCGUUUACAACUUCCCUCAAAUCAAGCGCACAACCUGA